AUGAUGCAUAGGGCACGAGAAAACCCCACCAAAGUUGUUUGGAUCCCCACUGCAGUCCUUUUUGAACUUCAUCGUAUUUGGGAUGGUCCAGAGUACAAGAAGAAAAGGGAACAGGGAAAGAAAAAUCGAGCAUCUGAGGAUAGUUGUUCUCACACUGGCGGCUCUAUUCCUCACACGAAGUAUCGUAAGAGAAUGAAGGUGGAACUUGGCCGGGAUCCCACCAAGGCGGAGGUGUUUGUUCGCACUCAUCGAAAAAAUAGUACACAACAAUUAGUCGAUGGGCGAGCAACAAUUACAUUUUAUCUUCUUUUGCAAGAAAAAUUUAACAAGCUAAAGGAGGACACUCUGACACAGCGAUCAGUCUCCUCCACCAGUGAGUCACCUCUUGAGCCGUUGGAUGAGAAUCCUAUAUUCCUUAAGGCGACUGGUGGGAAUAAUAAGAAAAAUCGCAUCUACGGGCUUGGAUCUGAGGCAAGCUUUUUGCCUAGUUCUUCAUCUUGCUCCAAUGGACAUUCCAGAUUGUAUACUCAGGCGGAGUUGGAGCAAGAAGUAGAGGAGCGCAUCGCUCGGAUGAACUCUGAGUUAUUGGAUGAGGUCGGUGACUUGUGGCAGUGGAUGCAAGAUCAGGAGCGGAUGGUGCAGCAAUUAUUUUCUCAGAUGCAGAUGUGA